GAGCUGUAUUUAGACAGAAACCGAUUCAAUGCAGUGCCGAGUACAUCAUUGAACGGACCAAAGGCACUGAGGAAGUUAUCAUUAGUAAACAAUCGAAUAGAUACCAUCCAAUCACAAGCUUUCAAAUCUCAAGAAUAUUUGGAGUACAUAGAUUUAAGCAAUAAUUUCAUAUCCCUCAUUGAGAGCAGUGCGUUUUCGCCUCUGCAAAAGUUGAAAUUUUUGAAAUUGGCUCAUAACAGACUGGCCAGGUUCAAUAGCGACGUUUUUCAAGGAAGUGAUAAUCUUAUACUACUCGACCUCUCGGAAAACUUCAUUAGUGAAUUUCCGAGCGUUGCGUUGAAGGCCUUCACUAACUUGAGAUACCUAAAUUUGUCAUCUAAUUUAAUACAGAAUUUGGACAACACACAUCUUUCCUCCCUUCAAAGUCUUUAUCAACUUGACCUGGGCAGAAAUAACUUGGCAAAUAUAGUACCUGGAACCUUCUUGGGACUUAAACAAUUGACUAAACUGGAUAUAAGUGUGAAUUCAUUGAGAACAAUUGAGGAUGACGCUUUCGAAGGUUUGGACAAUCUUGAAUUUCUGAACCUGAAAGACAACAAUAUUCUCCUGAUCCCUGCCUCAGCUUUAGGUCGCUUACCGAGACUCUCAUCAUUGCAAUUAGACUACAAUCGCGUCGCGGCCUUAUCGGCCGAUAUAUUGCGUUCAGUGGCCGACAAAGUAACUAAAUUGAUUAUUUCAAAGAACAUUGUUCGUGAACUACCUCCUGCAUCGUUCCAAUACUUUCAACAGUUGCAAACGUUGGAUCUGUCCAGAAACUUGUUGAAUUCCCUGAAUGCCGAGGCAUUUACAGGCCUUGAAAAUACUUUGAUUGAAUUGGACUUAUCUCAAAACAGGAUUACCAAUCUGGCCGGGGCACCGUUGGCUUUAUUGAAAAUUGAGAAACUUGACCUCAGUGACAACCAUCUUACUGAAAUAUCAGCCAACGCUUUCAGUAUGGUACCAACUUUACAACAUUUGAAUCUCAGUAGAAAUAUUCAUUUGGGCAAUAUCCCUGUAACACUCCUUCAUAAGCUUCAAGAGUUAAGAAUCCUAGAUAUGACCCAAGGAGGCGUUAAAUCACUACCAGCAGAAUUUUUCAGAAUGUCAAAAUCGAUUCAAGAAAUAUAUUUAGCUCACAACAGAAUACAAGAUCUUGGAGAGGGAGUCUUUAGCAAUUUUGCCAACAUUAGCUCUAUAGAUUUAUCUUACAAUAACAUCACAAGCAUAAAACCUGGUGCUUUCGUGAACGUCAUGAAUAUGAAAAAACUGAUCUUGAGAGGAAACCAGCUGAGCUCUUUUAAAGGGGAGUUUUUCAACACUGGUACCAGCUUGGAGGUGAUAGAUAUUUCCGAAAAUCAACUGAGCUACCUGUUUCCAUCUUCAUUUCGCAUUCAUCCGAGACUGAAAAAGAUAAUUGCCUACAAUAAUAAAUUCAACUUUUUCCCAGCAGAGCUCAUAGCCCACUUGCAAUUCUUAGAGUACGUGGACUUGUCCCAGAAUCAACUGAAAACGUUGGAGGAGCUGGAUUUUGCAAGGUUGCCUAGACUCAGAACACUUCUUAUUGCUAAUAAUCAACUAGAGUCUGUAAGCGAUAUGGCUUUCCACAAUUCUUCCCAACUUCAAGUACUCGAUCUGAGCGGUAAUAAAUUGGACCGGCUUGGAGAUAGAACCUUUGAAGGUCUAGUUCGUCUGGAAUUACUGAACCUGGAGAGGAAUGCCCUGGCAGAUCUACCAGAGAACAUUUUCGAGCGUGUGCGAUUACAAAUGCUGGAAAACAUAAAUUUAGCGAGGAACUUAUUCGAAAUAGCUCCUUUGAAAUCUCUGCAAAGACAAUUCUUCUUUGUAUCUUCGGUGGAUUUAUCUUAUAAUAAAAUUCGGGAGAUUCCCACAGAUGAUAGCAUUAUGGUUAAUAUAAAAAAGUUGGACUUGUCUUUCAACCCGUUAGUAGAAAAAACUGUUACAAAUAUUCUUGGUGAACCCAAAACGAUACGGGAACUGAAUCUAGCUGGCACAAAUAUCAGAAGUAUUCCGCGGCUUGAAACGCCCUUUCUGAAGAAUUUGAACCUAUCACAUAAUAAUAUUUCGUCACUGGAUUCGCACGUUUUUGAAAGAAUCACCUUGCUGGAAGAACUAGACUUGUCUGAUAACAAAAUAUCAGAUAUUUCCAAUUAUUCAAAAAUUUGGAAGUUACUUCAGAAUUUGCAGGGUUUGAAUAUUUCCAAUAAUCCAAUAGUGUCUAUUUCCGAUGAUGAUUUCGCUGGACUGGAAAAAUUGAGGUACCUGAGUCUUCACUCUUUGGAAGAGUGUAGUCGAAUAGAGAAAAAAGCCUUUAAGGAAAUACCAAAUCUUUCUACAUUAGAAGCAUAUGGAUAUCCCAAACUAGGAUAUAUCGAUAUUCAAGGAUUGCUUCAAAAUAUGCCGCUUUUAGAAAAAAUUAAUAUCGAAAUCAAAGAUGCAGCUAUAGGAAAAGAUCAAUUACAGUCUUUGCUACAUCCUCGUCUGAAAGAACUGGGAGUUAGAGGCUCAAGACUGAUGAGCAUAUCUUCAGGAACCUUAUCAGGAUUGAAAGGUCCAGAAGUGAUGAUUCGUUUGAAGAACUCAUCCCUGACUUCCCUGCCGCCGGCCUUAUUCUUUCCAGUGCCCAGGUCAACUCGUAUCACCUUGGACGUAACAGGGAGUCAACUCACAACAAUUAGUCCCCAGAUGCUCGCCGCACUUGAAGAUAGAAGGGGGGAUUUGAAAAUUAUCGGCUUGGAAACUAAUCCAAUCGUAUGUGACUGCGGUGCCAGGGCCCUUAGAAGAUGGUUGCCUUCUUAUAUGUCCUCAAUAAGAUGUUCAGCACCUGAGAGUUUAAUGGGAAAACUUCUAGUGGAAAUCGGAGACGAUGAGCUCACUUGUGACUCUAGAAAAACUGGCGUUUCUUCUACUCAACCACCAACUUCCAUAUUCACCAGAGGAACUCACCAACAAACGAAAAUAACCGAACCUGAAAUUAUAUGGUCGAUGCCAACCACCGAAAAAGUAAAACCGAAACUCCCCACUGCUGGUCAAUCAAGUGUCAACAACGAUGAUACUCUCAUAAUUGGCAUCGUAGGAGGAGUAGUUGCCUUCAUCACGAUACUGAUAAUAAUAAUAUGCAUCAUCAAGUUGAAAAUGACCAGUAAUGACUACCGAGGGGGUCCUCUUGCCAACGGGGGUCCUAUGGCAGGAAUGGUGGGUCCAGGUAGCAGUUGUGCAUGCAGUGUCAAAGGAAACCAACCUGUCUAUGCGGUGCCGUCCUACGGUGCGGCUUACUCCGCCACUUUACCUCACAAGUUGCCAUCCGGUCAGAGUACGAGGCCAUCUAAUUAUUCCACAAUGGGUAGGGUUCCAUACUACCAAAGUGCACAGCCAUACUUCAUAGCUACGUAUCCGUCAGAUGAGAAAAUAUAUCGGUAACCUACUAUAGAACAACAAAUGUGUGAAUAAGCCUGAGAAAUGAACUAUAUUUUCCAGUGAGGGUGUGACAGCUGGAAAACGUGCGUAACCGUCCUAAAGUAUGCAUUUCACCCGCUGGUAACAAAUUUUUUCGACCUUUUCCGUAAUUUUUCAGCAUAGGAGAGAAUUGAAUAAUAGUAAUCAUAUUUACUCCAACGUAAGAAGAAAAUUGUACACACAUCAAAAGUCUCGAACCCGAAAGUUAUUUUGCAGAUUAUUUUAUUGUGGAAUAAAAUAAUAAACUGUUACUGAACUAUGA